AUGGAAGACAGCUGGGUGACUUCUGCUUCAUCUGCUGGACGGAGGAUAGCGUUCUUUGGGGACGAUACAUGGCUUCGGCUUUUCCCAAAUGCGUUUGUCGAAGCAGAAGGGCACUCUCUUGGUGGUCAAUCGCCAGAGAUUAGGCGAAAGCUUAAAGAGAUGGACGACAUUGCUCGACGAAUAUUCGACGUCGUUUCGGCUCAAUCGCCUCUUCUUUUGGUAGCAGUCGGCGACCACGGCAUGACAAACGCCGGCUCUCAUGGUGGAGGAAGCGAAGCUGAAACGAGAGUCCCAAUGGUAUUCGUGCACUCCAAGGCAAGCAUUACUCAGCCUGGAGAUGUAAACGGUGCGUUUUUGCCGGAAGAAUCUACCAGUAGUAUUUCAAAUUGA